CACACAUUGUCUUUUUAUAUAUUCACCUUUUAUUUUACCAUGGCAGGACGAACAAAGACAGUGCCUUUUGAUUCUAAAGAAUAUUGGGAUGAAAGAUUUAGCCAUGAAGAUCAGUUUGACUGGCUCUUGAGUUGGGAUACCCUUCGACAUUAUCUGACACCCUAUCUUCCUAGCCAAAAAGAACCUAUUCUUCAUUUGGGUUGUGGCAAUUCACCUCUUCCGUUUGAAAUGGCAGAUGCAGGUUACAAACGCAUAGUGAAUGUAGAUUAUUCUGCAUGUGUAAUUGACAAAAUGGUCCAACUGGCUCAAGGAUAUGAUCAAUUGGAAUGGUUGACAGCAGAUUGUGUCCAAGAUAUAAGUCCUGUACGGAUCCAUGCACCAACAUAUGCCGUGGUUCUAGAAAAAAGCUUGACGGAUUGUAUUGCCUGUGGUGACGAUGAUCAACUGUCUCGACAACAUGGUAUGGCUCGCCAGAUCGCUUCGAUUCAACCUUCUCAUGGUCUUUGGCUUUGUGUCUCCUUCUCUGACCAACGUCAACCUUUCCCUCCUUAUCGUUUACUCCACAAAAUCCCUGUCCUUGUCCCUCAACCCAAUGAUAAACCUGGUGCACCUGAUAUCUACUACUACCUCUAUGUUUUACAGAAAACCUCGGACGAUCUCUCAACCAUAUGAUUACCCCACUUUUUUUUUUUUUUUUUUU